UAAGAAUCAGACCCUCAGUUCAUCACAUCGCCCCUCUUGUCACUGAGACUUUUAAACCCUCAUCGAUAUCCAGCAACAUCCAGCGUUGACAUCUUCGAACCAGAGGAUACCUACCUAUCUUCCAGUGUUCACAAUGUUCAGCCCUUUUGCAAGCUACGCGCUUCCGAAGCCGAAGCCAACUUCUGCUCCCUCGGAGUCCCUACCCCGAGAGUUCAUUAAUGAACUAUUUCGAAUAAUGAUCUGGCCAUGCCUCGACCACUUGGACCAUAUUUUGAUUAGUUAUGCCACGGAGUGGAUUUCCCCCCUUAACUACCUGACUCAAAAAGAAGUCACUUCCCCCACCCACCAAAUGGGCAUGUUCAGACGCGACAACUUCCAGGACCUUCAGAGCAUGGUAUUUCGGGUGCGUAACCUCAUCUCAUGCUAUUAUAUAGGCAUUGACUCUGCCUUCAAAACCCCCCUUUACCACAAGACAUUCUUUCCCGCUGUCCCGCGGAGUGAUGUCGCCCAGGCCCGCGUCGCCAUUGCUAUCUUGAUCAUAUUUGGCUUUGGAGCAUGGCUCGAGCGAAUCGCGUCAAGUGGCCGGGGGCUGGCGGUCGGCUCGAAUAUACACAGUUUUUACUUCGAUAAGUUGCGUGGGAUAAUCGGUUGGGGAGAUUUGCAAGACGGACACUUAGCAUAUGCUUCUGUCCCUCGUGUCCGGCUGUACCUCAUCUAUCCACCUGAGCCUCCGGCCUCCGAAAAUAUCGACAGCGGCGCCAAUGACGAUCAAACCGACGGCGAAUAUGAUAGCGCAUACGACAGCGAAUAUGGUAGCGAAUAUGACGGUCAAGAUGAUAGUCAAGACGAUAUCCAAGACGAUAGCCAAGACGGUAGCCAAGACGACGAUUAUGUUGAGGCUGAGUCGGGUCCCUUCAAUAGCCCGGCUGUUGAUGCAUCCAUUCGCGAGUGGCUGGAGAACACUGCCGACCCAGAUGAGAUGAAAGAUCCUUUUAUAGCCGAUAAUAUCGGGCGCGACGGGUUUUUUAAUAUCCCCUACGAUCCGUUUAAGGAUCACCUUCCUGGCUACCGUCCUAAUCCCUUCGCCAACCCCUUCCUCAAUCCCUUCCUGUAUGCACCUGUUAACCCCCCCACGGAUAACACUCCGGAUCCAUUUGAUGAUGAGUACUAUGAGGAGAUGGUUGCCGAUUUGGUCAGUGAUCCCAUCUGAUGAUCCUCCCGAUGUCGACAGCGCCUCUGGAUUGGACGAUCAGACUCCCUUUAUCAAACCGCAUAUAAAAGACUACGGCAAUCCAGGGUGAUGAGAUGGAUAUCUCGAGCAGGCUUUGUAAGAUAUGUCUAGGAGACCGCGUCCAAUGCGGGCCUUCCUACCUUCGGAAGGAUGCAAUGGCUGGCGGGGGAGGGGUAGGCGAUAUUAUGAUUAAGCGAGCGGAGGGAGUUAUGAUCCACCACAAGGACAGGAGAAAUGUCAAGAGGAGCAUUAUGGCUUGAUGGAUGAAGGAUGCAGAUUAUAUGAUAUGCGAUAUUGGUGCCUGGAUAACUAGAAUGAUCACAAUCGGGAAC